GAGGUGGCUGCCGCCGGCUCGGAGCUGAGGCUGCCCGGGUCGAGCCCCCGAUGGAGGCCGAGGCCACGGACGCCCCUCCCGGCGGGGCGGAGGCGGCGCUCAGCUGCUUCUCUUUCAAUCAGGACUGCACAUCCCUCGCAAUUGGAACCAAAGCUGGUUAUAAGCUGUUUUCUCUGAGUUCUGUGGAGCAACUGGACCAAGUCCACGGAAGCAAUGAGAUCCCGGAUGUUUACAUCGUGGAGCGCCUCUUCUCCAGCAGUCUGGUGGUGGUGGUCAGCCACAGCAAGCCGCGGCAAAUGAACGUGUACCACUUCAAGAAAGGCACGGAAAUCUGUAACUACAGCUAUUCCAGCAACAUCCUGUCCAUAAGGCUGAACCGGCAAAGGCUGCUGGUUUGCCUGGAGGAAUCCAUUUACAUUCACAACAUUAAAGAUAUGAAGCUGCUGAAGACCCUCCUGGAUCUUCCUGCAAACCCAACAGGUCUGUGUGCCCUCUCUAUCAACCAUUCCAAUUCCUACUUGGCCUAUCCCGGAAGCCUGACCACAGGGGAGAUUGUGCUUUAUGAUGGAAACUCCUUGAAAACUGUCUGCACCAUCGCUGCCCACGAGGGGACGCUGGCCGCCAUCACCUUCAACUCCUCCGGCUCGAAACUCGCAAGUGCGUCCGAAAAGGGCACAGUCAUCCGCGUGUUCUCUGUACCUGACGGGCAAAAGCUCUAUGAGUUUCGGAGAGGAAUGAAAAGGUAUGUGACAAUCAGCUCUCUCGUGUUCAGCAUGGACUCGCAGUUCCUCUGUGCCUCCAGCAACACUGAGACCGUGCACAUCUUCAAGCUGGAACACCUCACCAACAGCCGGCCAGAAGAGCCUUCCACCUGGAGCGGCUACAUGGGGAAGAUGUUCAUGGCUGCCACCAACUACCUCCCCGCCCAGGUGUCGGACAUGAUGAACCAGGACAGGGCUUUUGCCACCGGACGCUUGAACUUCUCGGGGCAGAGGAACAUCUGCACCCUCUCCACGAUCCAGAAGCUGCCGAGGCUGCUAGUUGCAUCAUCCGAUGGACACCUUUAUAUCUACAACCUGGACCCUCAGGAUGGAGGAGAAUGCGUCUUGAUCAAGACCCACAGCUUGCUUGGCUCAGGAACAGAAGAGAAUAAAGAAAAUGACCUCAGGCCUUCCUUACCUCAGUCUUACGCGGCCACGGUAGCCAGACCAAGCUCCUCCGCAGCCUCCACGGUGCCCGAUAAUCUUGUGCCGUGGAAGUCAGAAGGGCAAAUCGAAGCAGUCGUGAGGAGCGCCCGAGAAGGCAGGCCACCCCUAGCGGGUGGUUUUGGAGAAAACAAGGAAGGUGAAGAACGGAGUGCGAUUGUGUGAGCAGAGGGGGGCAGGCCCAGGCGCUGUGGGCCACAGGAUGUGGGGACUCCUCACCCAACUCCCACCAGCCCCAGGCCACUGGGCGGGGAGACGUCGGACACACAUGAUGCUAUUUAAAGAUCUGUUCAAACCACAGUGUAAAUGCUAACUAACCAUAUUGGUAUAUAACCCGAAUUUUAUAUUAAAAAGGGCAUCCUUUUUAAAUGUAUGCUGUGUAAAAAAUGUACUUAUAGAAAAAUCACUUUGAAUAGUGUUUCUUGUAUAUUACAUACUUGCAGAAACUAUUUUAGCCAGGCAAAAGUAUUUUUGCAGUGAUUGGGAUAAAUCAUUAUUACCGUGGAGUUCCACAUAGGACACUAAGAAUAAAAUCGUGGCAAUGCA